AAAUCUACCUGUCACCAAAAUCACCUUACACUCGGAUAAAAAGAUCGAAGUGAAAUUAGCAUGUGCACCGGUCAUAAAACCGGUGAAUAUUUUUCGAAGAAAAGCGCAAAAAUGGCUGGUAAUUUUUGGCAAAGCUCUCAUUUUCAGCAAUGGCUGCUAGACAGACAAGACUUAGCAAGAGAGCGUCAGGCUGACCUGAAAAUAAUGAACGAAGAGGAUUAUGAAAAAUGCAUGAUAUUCUUUGCUAACUUUAUACAAGCCCUGGGAGAGCAGCUGAAAGUUCGACAGCAAGUUAUAGCCACAGCUACAGUCUAUUUCAAAAGAUUUUAUGCACGAAAUUCAUUGAAAUGUAUAGAUCCUUGGCUUAUGGCACCAACCAGUAUAUUUUUAGCUUCAAAAGUUGAGGAAUUUGGUGUUAUAUCCAACAGUAGAUUGAUUACCACAUGUCAGACCGUAGUUAAAAACAAAUUUUCACAUGCUUAUCCACAAGAGUAUCCAUACAGAAUAAAUAAUGUGCUGGAAUGUGAAUUCUACCUGUUAGAAAUGAUGGAUUGUUGUUUGGUUGUGUAUCAUCCCUACAGACCUUUAGUGCAAUAUGUGUCUGAUAUAAGUUCUACAGAUGACAGUAUACUUCCUCUGGCUUGGAGGAUAGUGAAUGACUCACUUCGUACAGAUGUAUCUUUACUUUAUCCUCCAUACCUUAUUGCUUUAUCUGCACUACAUAUAGCAUGCGUGAUCCAACAAAAAGAUUUAAAACAAUGGUUUGCAGAAUUGUCAGUAGAUAUGGACAAAAUCUUAGAGAUCACGCGUCAAAUCCUUCACUUGUAUGACCUCUGGAAGAACUACGAUGAGAAGAAAGAAAAAUCUCCCCUGUGCUACAGAAUAUGCCCAAACCGAAAACCAGCCCUACACCGCCUCCCCAAAAUUCACAGGAAGGACAAAAUCAGCAACAAACUCAGUGAUAAGGUCUGUGUAGUGAAAUAUAGUACAUAUGACAUAUGUGUUAAUUAUAAAAACUUAAUAACACGAUGGUGAACUAUGUUUGUGUAGUGAGAUAAUGUACAUAUGACAUAUGUGUUGAUGAUGUAACACACUGAUGCUCAUUUUGUAGUGACAUUGUACAGUGAGAUAUGUGUUAACUAAAUUACACAAACUUGACAUAUACACAUGUACAGGGAAAUAUGUGUAUACUGAAUUACACAAACUUGAUGGACCUAUCAAGUGACAAUAUAAUGAUUUAAGAAAGUUAGUAUUAAUAUAUGUAUUAAUAUUCAAAGUGCUGACUUUAUCUUCGGAAAUACAUGUAAUGUCGUAAUUAAAAUCUUAAUAUUUUUAGUACUCUCAGUGUAUAAUUUAAGUAGACUUUUAUUAUGUUUAAUUGACAGUACUAUAAUGAAACUUUGGAGUUGGAGAUGACAUGAAAGUGUUUGCGAAGCUUUUUUU